UGACAAACUUCAAUCCCACGUCACCAGCUGCUGUUUUACAGGAAUUGUGAUGAGAAAAACGAAUUUGUGUGUAGUAUAAUCCUCUUGUAAAAUUACGACAAUAAGCUACCAACUAUGGUUCUUAUAGCAGCUGCUGUUUGUACAAAAGCUGGGAAAACCAUUGUUUCCCGCCAGUUUGUGGAGAUGACAAAGGCUCGUAUAGAGGGCCUGCUUUCUGCAUUCCCUAAAUUGAUGUCAACGGGAAAGCAACAUACAUUUGUGGAAACUGAGUCAGUGCGGUAUGUGUAUCAGCCCCUCGAGAAACUUUAUAUGUUGCUCAUAACAACAAAGGCCAGCAACAUUCUAGAAGAUUUGGAGACACUAAGACUCUUCUCCCGAGUGAUUCCAGAAUAUUGUCGAAGCAUGGAAGAGUCUGAAAUAGCCGAUAAUGCUUUCAACUUGAUAUUCGCAUUUGAUGAAAUUGUGGCUUUAGGAUACCGAGAAAGUGUAAAUCUGGCACAGAUCAGGACAUUUGUUGAAAUGGAUUCACAUGAAGAGAAAGUUUAUCAGGCAGUUAGACAGACUCAAGAGAGGGAAGCUAAAAACAAGAUGCGAGAAAAGGCAAAGGAGUUACAACGACAAAGGAUGGAAGCAAACAAGAAAGGUGUUAAAAGUCCUGGAUUUGGUGGUGGUGGCUUUGGUAGUAAUACUGGCUAUUCCCCAGCACCAGUUGUGGGAGACUCAGCUUCUCUUCAAGCUGAUAUUACCAAACCAAGCUUCACAGCCAUACAGAAGCCUGCUGGUACGACAAAAGCCAUGAAGCUGGGAAGUAAAUCCCGUGAUGUAGAAUCAUUUGUGGAUCAGUUGAAGUCAGAGGGUGAGAAUGUUGUAGCACCAGCUGUGACUCGUGCAGUCCCAACACCCAGAAUUCCUUUGAUCUUGAGCUUGGUGCUUGCAUUAAGAGUGGGGCGUGAUGGAGGCCUUCAAAACUUUGAACUUCAUGGAAUAGUAACUCUGCACAUUUCUGAUGAUAAGUUGGGUCGCAUCCGAGUACAGCUUGAAAAUAAAGAUACACGAGGCAUUCAGUUACAGACACAUCCAAAUGUGGACAAGGAAUUAUUUAAGUCCAAGUCACAAGUUGGGUUGAAGAAUCCUGCAAAACCAUUUCCCCUUCAUACUGAUGUUGGUGUUCUUAAGUGGAGAUUUCAAAGCCAGGAUGAGAGUUGUAUUCCUCUGUCAAUAAAUUGCUGGCCCUCGGAGAAUGGUCAAGGUGGCUGUGAUGUCAACAUAGAGUAUGAACUCGAACAUGACCAGAUGGAACUCAAUGAUGUGUGCAUCACCAUCCCCCUCCCCAUUGGUAGCUCUCCAAUUGUGAAUGAAUGUGAUGGUGACUAUACACAUGACCCUCGAAAGAACGUUCUCCUUUGGACGCUUCCAAUUAUUGAUGCCAGCAAUAAGUCUGGCUCCUUGGGGUUCAGUGCCACAGCACUGCCUGGUGACUUCUUCCCUCUUCAAAUCAACUUUGUGUCAAACAAAUCAUAUGCUGAUUUGAUGGUGACUGAGGUGCUGCAGGUGGAUGAUGAUUCACCAGUGAAAUUCUCCAUGGACACUGUCUUCUUCACUGAAAAAUAUGAAAUUGUUUAACUAAGCACAUAGCAAAGAAAUCAGCUUUAUGCAGUGUGUCCGUAAAAUAAUGGUGGGGUAACAGACAGUCAUAGUUUUGGAACAAAGCAUGAUAGAGAUAUGAAAUAAAUGUCAAAAUAAAGGGAAACUCUCCAAGAAUCUUAUC